CACCCACCCACCUCGAGCCAAGCUUACUCCAAGGCUGGACAACCCUUGGUCCCCCAUCGCAUACACUUCUCCCGCCUCUCCAUCUGCACCAUAUUGACACUGUCAAGCCUCGCCACGCCCCUCGUUGUCAUGCAACCUACACAACCGCUCGACUACUCUCUCUAAAUGACCCCCCUAUCGAUAUAGGCCCCUCGUGUUGAGUCGCUGGACCGUCGAGGAGUAAUGCUAUCGGCAGCGCACCACGACCGGAGACAAAUAUGGAAUGUCCCUGCGGCGGCGACGCCGACGACGACGACAACCAUCGCACAUCAUUGUUCGCCGUACACGCUCCCUUCCUUUGGCGUAAUCAGUAUUGAUGCGUCCACGACCAUAACUCUCACCGCCGACGCCGUCCUUACACCAGAAUGUACGAGCGUGUACGAAGUUGGAUCGACUUUGGUCGGACCAGGAAGUCGCUCUGACAUGCAAGUGUCAUUCAACGCGUCCGUAACCCCGAUCGUGUAUGCAACCGGCGCUGCAACCGUUAUCGCGUGGUUCCUUUUCAUCAUGUUGGUCAUCACUCCAAGAACAUUCUUCAUGGGUGGUGCUGGCGGGACAUCAGGGCUUUUGGGAAGACGAGGAAUGAUCAGUGGUGCCAGUGGAAGCGCAUCAGUCAUCGGUGUUGGAUCCAGACCUUGGUUACAGAAGAUUGCAGCAUUAACCGUCGCGAUCUCGUUGACGAUUGCAACGGCUGACACCUUUCGCGUCGCGGAGGCCCAAUGGUACCAAGGUUUCAUGGACGCCGAGUCAUUACGAAGAGAAGUUGUUGGCGGACUAGAAAUCAAGAUCUCACGCAUUAUAUCGGAUAUAUUCUUGUGGUUGGCACAAGUCCAGACAUUGAUUCGCUUAUUUUCACGACACAAAGAGAAGGUCAUUAUCAAAUGGACCGGAUUUGGACUCAUCGUCCUCGACAUGACAUUCAGCAUCCUCAACAAUUUUCUUACCGAACACGAUGGAAAACCAAGGCAUUUUGUUGACGCGAUUCCGGCUCUCAAUUACCUUUUUCAAUGCGCUCUGAGCAUGCUCUACGCUGCUUGGGUCAUAUAUUACGCUCUCACGAAACGACGUUACGCCUUCUACCACAAACUCAUGCCCAACAUGGCUGUUGUCGCCGUAUUAUCAAUCGUCGCCAUUCUAACCCCCCUCAUAUUCUUCAUCAUCGACAUCUCAAACUAUAACGUAGCCGGUUGGGGUGAUUACUUUCGCUGGGUCGGAGCAGCAGCAGCUAGUGUAGUGGUAUGGGAAUGGGUAGAGAGAAUAGAGGCAUUGGAAAGGGACGAAAAGAAAGAUGGGAUUCUAGGACGAGAGGUGUUCGACGGAGAUGAUAUGCUAGAGAACUCGCCACAUCAAGAAGUCAAUUGGCCCAGUCAUCGGAACGAUCGUAACCGAAGGUCUGGUGGCGGUGCCGGAUAUACUUCAGGUCAUCAUGGGCACGGUAUCACUAAUCGUUUCGGACGAAGGUCACAGAAUCUUGAGCGCACAAUUAUGGUUCCGCUUGGACGAGUACAUUCACGGUCGACGGACGCAAGAGGUGGUGCCACGAAUAUUUCUCCCACAGUCCCAGGUUACACACCAUCUCCGGAACCAAGGCAUCCACUGCCCGUUGCGUCCCCGGUGAGUCGGGCUGACACAACGAGCGCAACGAACACCGUCUACACCAUUCGUUAUCAUACUAUGAAUGAACCAAUGACUCCCCUACCUCGCCAAGCUUCUGUGCCACCACAACAGACUCCACCGCGAAUGGCACGUACAACCAACACCGAGCCAUAUUUCGGUAAGGAAGGCCUUCAAGACCAUGACGACUGGCAGCCAGAUCCAGAGUCUCAACCUGCAGUUACUAGAAAUAGAUGGCGGUGGCCAAAUAUGUCACCGCUCAAUCCGUUCAGAAGGAGGAUCGCUGAACCUCCAGCUGAGGUGCUUGGCGGACGUAUCGUUGAAGACACUGGUAUGGAGAAGCCAGUAAGAUCAGAGAAACCGCAACCACCACAAUUUGAUCGAUGGGACCUCAAGGGCCGGUUCGGAGCGUUUGCUGCAGAGCAAAGCGAAAGAAUACGCGACCGAGCCGGUGGUAAGCCACAGGAGAUGGUGCUACCCGUCACGAUCAUCCCAGCCCAACCGAGGGGGAGAACCUGGUCACCUAACUACCUUGCAAAUCAAGCACAAGAAACAGAACAGGAACAAAAUCAGGGAUAUGAGCAGACCGACAGUUUGGACUCACGUACACUCGCUGCGUCAUCCAAUGAAAUUGGGCCCGGAGAUGACCAACAACUAGAUUCCCGGACACGCUCUACUUCAUUCACACGGACUUUUACAAGCCAGGCUACACUGAGCCUGCAGACACUGCUAGUCGAAAAUCAGGACCAGGAUGGGCGGACUGCUCAAGGCCCCUUCAGCUCCCCUAUAUCACCAGUCUCUCCGAUCUCGACUGCGCCGGCGAAUCCAUUCCGCUCACCAACGCAAUCGCACGCUUCUGUGAACGCUUCAAGGACGGAUCAAGAGACUCUACCAGGAAUCACAAGGCGUGGAAGCUAG